AUGGAUGACGUCUUUAAUUAUCUAGUUUUGUCACAACUGAAGGAGAUGCUGAACAUCUCUACCAAGCCCGAAGCCACGGAGGAGGAGCCUGUGGCAUCUUCAACCAAGGAGGCCGAGAUUAAGGAGGGUGACAGCAAGGCGGCGGCAGGCGAUGCAGGGCCCACAGAGAACGGAGAGCAGAAGGCCGAUGACGAAGCCGGGGAGGAGAAGGAAAGAAAGGGCACAGAGAAGAAAUUUUUCCAGAGGACUCAGAUACAGACUGCUAGGCCCACCAUCCCGACAAACACGUCUUCCAAACAGCCUGUCUCACAGACUCCUCUAGCCGUCUACCCCACUAGUCAGCCAAUCAUGAAGUCCAGGGCACCCAUGCCUUUCCCUUCCCUGCGGGCUGCACAGCAGCUGAGCAGCAGCCAGCCUCCAGAGCCGCGGCCUCAGCCACAGAAACAGUCCCAGCAGCCCCAACAGCAGCAGCCUUUGACAAAAGGGGCCUCCCACACCAAACCAGGGCCAGACCGGGCCGAUCCCAGUGGGAAGCGUAAAACGUAUGACAGGGCCUUCCAGUUGAGCUUCAAGCCUGCCUGCAUACAGAAACCUGAGGGACUCCCACCAAUCAGUGACGUGGUGCUAAACAAGCUUAAAAACCUUGGGGUCCGGCGACCACCACCCAGGAAGAUCAUCAUGGGCCUGUCUUUGCACGACGAUGUUCAGCUGAAGAAAUCAGAGAAUGCCUGGAAACCAGGCAUGAAGAGGGAAAGCCUCCCAGCGGAACCAGAGUCCAACAAAACACAGGACCUGUUCAAGAAGGUUCGCAGCAUCCUGAACAAGCUGACGCCGGAGAAGUUCAGCCAGCUGGUGAAGCAGGUGUGGGACCUGACCAUCGACACUGAGGAGCGGCUCAAAGGAGUCAUCGACCUGGUGUUUGAAAAGGCCAUUGACGAGCCCAGCUUCUCGGUGGCCUACGGGAACAUGUGCCGCUGCCUCGCCACGCUCAAAGUGCCCAUCACUGACGCUCCCAACAACACAGUGAACUUUCAAAAGCUGCUGCUAAGCCGCUGCCAGAAGGAAUUUGAGAAAGACAAGGUGGAUGAUGUGGUGUUUGAGAGGAAGCAGAAGGAGCUGGACUCUGCUGCAUCGGUAAGUACGGAGCGUGACCGACUUCAGGUAGAGCUGCAGGUGGCCAAGGACAUUGCCCGGCGGCGAUCCAUCAGCAACAUAAAGUUCAUUGGUGAACUGUUCAAGCUAAAGAUGCUAACGGAGGCCAUCAUGCAUGACUGCGUGGUGAAGCUGCUGGGGAACCACGACGAAGAUUCCCUGGAGUGUCUCUGCAGGCUGCUCACCACCAUCGGCAAGGACUUUGAUUUAGCGAAGGCCAAGCCUCGGAUGGAUCACUAUUUUAAGCAGAUGGAAAAAAUCAUCAGAGAGGGGAAGACGUCUUCACGGACAAGGUUCAUGUUGCAGGAUACCAUAGACCUGAGAUUGCACAAAUGGGUGUCAAGAAGAGCCAACCAGGGUCCAAAGACAAUUGAUCAGAUCCACAAGGAGGCAAAGCUUGAAGAGGAAGAGGAGCAGAGAAAAGUGCAGCAGCAACUGUACUUCAAGGACACCAGGAGACGGCCAGAGCAGAGAGAUCCGCAAGUACAGGGAGAGGAGACCUGGAACACUGUGCCCAUGAGGAAGAAUGGCAGGACCAUCGACCCCAACAAGAUCCCAAAGAUCUCCAAGAUGGACGAGAAGAUCCAGCUGGGCCCCCGGGCUCAAGUCACAUGGGUGAAGGGCAGCGGUGGAGGAGCCAAGGCUAAUGACUCAGAACUUUCAAGCACAGCGGUCCUCAACCGCUUCUCGGUGCUGCAGUUCGACCCCUCACCUCAACCCUCCACCACUCCUCCACAGAACCCAGACUUCGACGCCGGGACAACUCACGGAAGUCGUAGCCGUACAGAAAAAAAGAGCAGCAACAAGCCGCUGAUCUCUGCACCGAGUGUCACCGAGGUCGAAUCUGAGCCAGAGCGUAGCAGAGUCCGAGAGCCUGUGAAACCUGAGCCUGUCCAGACGAUAGAGAAACCUGCUCGGUCAGAGGAGGAGAUCGAGAGGAAGUGCAAGUCCAUCAUCGACGAGUUCCUGCACCUUAAAGAUUUCAAGGAGGCUGUCCAGUGUGUGGUGGAACUUGAUCUGGGCUCUCAGUUGCACAUCUUCAUACGUGUGGGGGUGGAGUCGACUCUGGAGCGCAGUCAGAUAACACGGGACCACUUGGGCCAGCUCCUCUUUCAGCUGGCGCAGAAGGGAAUCCUGCCCAAACCCCAGUUCUACAAAGGGUUUGCAGACACGCUGGAGCAAGCGGACGACAUGGCCAUCGACGUUCCCCACAUCUGGCUGUACCUGGCCGAGCUGCUCAGCCCUGUGCUGAAGGAGGGGGGCUUCUCUAUGAGAGAGCUCUUUAGUGAAUUAAGCAAACCUUUGCUUCCUGUGGGAAGAGCUGGGAUCUUGAUCUCUGAAAUACUGCUCAUACUAUGCAAACAAAUGGGCCAUCGUACUGUGGCUUCUCUGUGGGAAGAAUCAGGCCUCAACUGGACUGACCUUCUGCCGGAGGAAGAGGAUGUCCAGGCUUUCAUCUCACAACAGAAACUCCAGUUUCUUCAGCCACAGAAUGAUGCGCCAAACAUGCAGGCCAACCCACCUGAAGCGGCCAACUCAAGUGAGCGUCCCUCAGCCAAGGAACCAGCCUCUUCUCACUUGUCCUCAGUCGAGGAGCUGAAACCCUCUUUGGUGCUACCUCAGACUCUGAACACAGACAAGCCUCUCUUAGACGCCCCUGGAACUCUGGCUGCCUUGUCUCUAGCAGCCCCCACGGCUUUGAACAGCCUUGCAGAGUCAGAGACUGAGCUGGAGACAGCCGCCGUUGAGCCUUCUCUCAUGCCCCCCCCUUCACUACAGCCCCAAGCCUCUAGUCCUGCUUACAGAGAGGCCGCCUCUGAAACUUUGCCUGCUGACACCACUCCUCAACAGAACCCCAACUUCGAAGCCAGGACAACUCUGGGAAGCCGUACAGGCAGGAAGCGCAGGAAGAACAGAAAGCGCAGCGCAAAGCCGCUGAGCUCUGCACCGUCUCAGCCGGAUCUGUUCACCAGGGGAAGCAGCUCAAAGGAGCUGCUGGAGAGUCCAACCCCGGAGGAGCCGCCAAGAGACAGCGAGCCAGAGGGAGCUGUGCCUAGGAGACUGAAUGUCUCAGAGCACAAACCUGAGCCAGAGGGCAGCAGUGUCUCUAGUCCUGCUUACAGAGAGGCCGCCCCUGAAACUUUGCCUUCUGCCACCACUCCUCAACAGGACCCCAACUUCGAAGCCAAAUGUGUGAAGGAGAACCUGGCUGAAUCUCACCUGAGCUCGUCUCCCUACCUGAGGGCGUUGAUGACGGCUGUGUGUAAGGCAGCAGUGAAAAAUAACACCAACUGUCGAGUGCACACGGCCCUCAUUCAAAAGAGAUUACCUGUAUUGCUCCAGUACCGGAACUCAGAGAGUGAGCGACAGCUGCAUGCUCUUCAGGAACUUCAGUCGCUGAUCGUCGCCCUCGAUCAUCCUCCAAACCUCCUCAAGAUAUUCUUCGAGUGUAUGUACGACGAGGACACAUUCUGCAAGUCGGGGACGAGAAAAGACCCGGCCAAUCAGCUGGAUAAGGGCGUGGCCCUGAAGACUGUCACAGCCUUCUUCACCUGGCUGCGGGAGGCGGAGGCGGAGGAGGAAGACAAUUGA